AUGAAAUUAUUAAGUUUAAUUUUAUUUAUUACAGUUUUAAUAAAUUUUGCUAAUGCAAACAGCUAUCUUACUAUUAUUCCAAAAGGAAGUGAUAGCUGCGGUGAAACCUAUGGUGUUGGUUAUUAUCUCCCAAUGGGCACAUGUAUCAGUGUUAAUGAUUGGAAUUUAAGUAUAAAUCAAGUUAACGGCUCUCAUAUCCAAAUUUCCUAUUUAGGUCCAAAUUGCUCAAGUGACAGUCCAAUCAACUAUGCCUAUGCCAUCAAUGAAUGUGUUAAUUUCCAAUUUUUAGAUUCACCAUAUACCUUCUCAUCAAUUUUCUCAAUUUCAGAUUCAGUUCCAACCGAUGCUGUUGUUUAUAACUACUAUUACUAUAGCUACUACUGUUCUGGUCCAACUUACAGUAUUUUCUUUACAAAUGGCUUUUCAAAUAACUUUAGUAAAUUCAUGUGUGUUGAUAAAAAACCAGAAGUUUUCCUUUGCUCAGGUACCGGCGAUUGCACUCAAAUUGAUACAGAUGGUUGCACCAAUGGCAAAGGCGUUGAUAUGCCAUAUAGAGUUACCUGUAACUAA